GAAGAGAGGUGACAGUUUUUUAUUCUUGUCUCUAGAACACUCAUUAUCUAAUUGGUCCCUGGACCAGUACUCCAUCUCUCUAGCUAGGUGGAACUGGCCAGGGUAGCCUUCCAUAAUUAGUUCUCUCCUCUUUCUUGUAAGAGAUUAAGGCAUUGUCUCAGCUAUUGCUAAGACAAGGAUCUGAUGGGAAGGGAUUGCUUAUUUCAUAGUUCCUCCAAAAGGUAUUACUCUUCUGUGGGGAUAGGUGAUGGGAGUGUCUAAUGGGUUAGUUGAGAGCUUUGUGUGUUUCCAUGUCUGUUCAUGAGCUCCUGGGAGUUUUGAGCAUCUUAGUAUUUUAUGUGGGGGUGAAAUAAAGACUGUCCCCUACAUAAUAUGUGUAUAUGGGUAUGUGAGUUGUGGCUCUUCUUCACAUUUAGGGAAACCUAGAUUUUCCUGGAGUUCUCCAGCAUAGGAUAAUAAUGCCAAGAGGGAAACCGAGCUUUUUGGGGUCAAAAUGGAUCCUUGGAUCUGUGAGCCCUGCCAUCCUUAGACCAUAGGCCACACCUUGUAUUUCCAUGUAUUUUGUACUGACUUACACAUGAACAUGUUUCCACAAUGGACUGGAAUCCCUGAGGGCAGGAAUCCUUGUUGGUUUUAUCUCAGUAUUCCCAGCACCCAGCACAAUUCCUAGCAUAAUACCAAACCCUUUAACAGAUGUGUGUUGAUUGAUGGUUGUACCUGUUCAAAUGCAGAUACCAUUGGGAAGGAUAAAGCAUUAAUCCAUUAAGGAGUUUUUGCUCCUUAAUACAGGGGUUCUUAACCUUAAUGGUAACUGUGAAUGUUUUGGGUAAGCAUUUGAGAACUCUUUCAAUAGAAGUGGUUUCCUUGGCAAUCCUGUGGAUUUUAUUUCAUGUGUUUUAAAACAUGAUACUGAAAAGGGGGGCAUAAGCUUCACUAGAUUGCCAGAGAGGCCCAAAACAUACACAGAAAAGUGAAGAACCCCUGCCUUGGUGUGAAUUAGUUUGUCAAUUCCUUCUCAAAGGGGCAACCGACUGGGAUGGAAGAGGAAAGAAUGUGAAGAUUCUUUCUUGUGAUGGUGGGAAUAGGUGGGGUGGUGAUAGUCAUCUAAGACUAAAAGGGGAGGUGAGAGAGGAUAUCAAAGUCAAACUUGGCCAACUUAAUCUCUUUCUCCUCCAGUAAAACCUUUUGGCAUCAUCUUAUUGAAGAAUAGACCAUGACCCGAGAUGAAGGGCUGCCAGACUCGCACUCUGCCCAGGGUUUCUAUGAGAAAUAUGAACCCAAGGAGAUCCUGGGGAGGGGUGUGAGCAGCGUUGUGAGACGCUGUAUCCACAAGCCCACCAGUAAGGAGUAUGCGGUGAAGAUUAUUGAUAUCACUGCUGGCAACCUAAAUCCUGAGGAGAUCCAGGAACUGCGGGAAGCCACCAUCAAGGAGAUUGACAUCUUGCGCAAGGUCUCCGGGCACCCCAACGUCAUCCAGCUGAAGGACACUUAUGAGACCAACACUUUCUUCUUCCUGGUGUUUGACCUGAUGAAGAAAGGCGAGCUCUUUGACUACCUCACUGAAAAAGUCACCUUGAGUGAGAAAGAAACCAGGAAGAUCAUGCGAGCCCUACUAGAGGUUAUCUGCUACCUGCACCAGCUGGACAUUGUACACCGAGACCUGAAGCCAGAAAACAUUCUCCUAGAUGACGACAUGAAUAUCAAACUCACUGACUUUGGCUUCUCCUGCCAGCUGAACCCUGGAGAGAAGCUUCGAGAGGUGUGUGGGACUCCAAGUUACUUGGCCCCUGAGAUCCUUGAGUGCUCCAUGAAUGACAGCCACCCUGGUUAUGGGAAAGAAGUAGACAUGUGGAGCACAGGUGUGAUCAUGUAUACCCUCCUGGCUGGCUCUCCCCCUUUCUGGCACCGGAAGCAGAUGCUGAUGUUGAGAAUGAUCAUGAGUGGCAACUACCAGUUUGGUUCCCCAGAAUGGGAUGACCGAUCAGACACUGUCAAGGACCUUAUUUCUCGCCUCCUGGUCCUGAGCCCACAGCAACGGUGCACAGCUGAGGAAGCCCUGGCCCACCCCUUUUUCCAGCAAUAUGUGGUCCAGGAAGUCCGUCACUUCAGCCCCAGGGGCAAGUUCAAGGUGAUUGCCUUGACUGUGCUCGCCUCUGUCCGAGUCUACUACCAAUACCGGCGCAUGAAGCCAGUGACUCGAGAAAUUGUACUCCGAGAUCCCUAUGCACUGAGACCACUGAGGAAACUCAUUGAUGCCUGUGCCUUCCGUAUCUAUGGCCACUGGGUGAAGAAAGGCCAGCAACAGAACCGGGCUGCACUCUUCGAAAACACUCCCAAGGCUGUGCUCCUCUCCCUGGCUGAGGAAGAAGGCUUCUGAGUGCCUAUGGAGCCAAACCCUAGUGCUGCCUGCCACUGGCUGGGUGACUUUGGCUGAGUUACUUGCCUUUUCUGGGUCCUGGGAGCUACUCAGGGCUCCUUGCUUCUCCCAGUCUUCCCCAGGGAUUUGGAGGAGUGGAGUAGAGCCUAAGGAGACAUUUGAGACUUUGCUGAAGGAUACUCACUAGAGAUGUCCCUUGUGUUGGAUUGAAUUUCCUCCUUGUUGAGUCUCUGGGUUGGCAGGAUGUACCCCUGGCCACUAAUUAUGAGCUCAAUCUUCAGGACCUUGAUAGAAGGCAAGAGCACAAGGGAAGUCAAGCUGGAAAUGGGAGUCUCAAUCUUCUGCUCAGACCUCUCUGAGGAGCCCAGGCCCCUCGAUCUCUGCCCACCUCCAUCCUGCCAGAUAGCAUACAGUAAUAGAAAAUGUCCUGGAUUAGGAGUCUGGAAAACUCACUUCUAGUCUAGAUUCUGCUUCUGACUAACUGUGUGCCCUGGGUCCAGUCACUGCCCAAUUCUGAAUCUCAGCUUUCCUCAACAGCCAAAUGAGGGUUUGACACAAUGGCACUAGGAGUUCCACAAGAAAAUGUCAGUCCUCCUGUUGUUUCCCCCUUUCAUAUGUGAUAUCCAGAGUUAGAAUACAAAAUAUGUGUCGAAAACUAAUAUUACAUAUCAGAACGAUUGUUUUUGUAAAAAGAGGCUUCAUUUAAUCUGUCCGGCUCUAAAAUUUUCCUGACAUCCUUGGCUACCCCCUUAUUCUCAGGGAGUAUUCCAGAGUCUCAGUAUUCCAGAGUCUCCUCCACAGAGUGGAACAUUAUUUUUGGCAUCUGACAAUGAAUAUCAAGGCUCAAAUUCAAAAUUUGUGGCUAAAUUAGUUUGAGAAAUUUGCAUUCUGUGGUAUCCAAUGUUCAUCCUAUUUCUAAGUCUGUGAUUAUUGUCCAUGGGCUUUGGGGUUCUUUUAUCCAAUAGGCAGGUGAACCUGCAGUCAAUAUUGAGAGGUUGGGUUCCUUGAGUUAGUGGUGGUCCUUGUCCCAUAGGCCUGGAUCAUUCUUCAGCCAAAGUGCUCUUCCCACAGAGGACCUGAGUGGGGGUGCUGGUAGAUGGGGGGAGGUGGUAGAUGGGCUAGAAGAAGGGACCAUGUGGAGGGUGUAGCCCUAUCUGUCUUUGAGGUUCAGUUAGCAAAGAGUUCUGGAAGACCGUAAGGACAGACCAUGAUGGUUCCUUGCUCUUGUCUCUUGGCAAUUGUUCACAGCUUUCCAAGUAGAGAGUCUGACAUCGUGGCAGAACCCCAAGUUGUUCAAGACAGUCUAGUGGAACCUCAGAUCAGUGAAUGGGUCAGGACCCGGGACAGCACUUUUAUGCAAACCCUUGGUGUCUCAAUACUCUAUGGCUGAGGGAGGAAGUCAGGAGGGUGAUGGAAAGGAAGCUUCCAGUGUCAGGGACUGUCUUCAUGUUUUUUUUUAUUUUUUUAUUUUUUUAUCCUCAUCUUGAAGCUCAUGCUAGAGUCAAAGUAGUUUUGACAAUUUUAUCAACAAAAUUAUAUACUCUUGGGGCAAACUACUUCCUUUUGGUGAGCCUUAGUUUCCUUUUUUGAAAAAUGGUGGUGGUGGAUUAGGUAAUCUCAAAGUUUCCUUCCACCCUGAAGAUUCUAUGGUUCUAAAGUUUACAUGUCCCAGAACCAGGGUUUGAUCUAUAAUGGACCAGACCAGAGAUGACUCCAGUGUAGGCCCUCAUCAUCACUUCAUGCCUAUACCAUUGCAUUAGCUUACUGAUUGGUAUCUCUGCCUCAACUCUCUUCCCUCUCCAGUCUUCUCCCCUUAGUCAUCAAAUUGAUUUUGAUAAAUUGCUAAUCUGAGAAUGUUAUCCUCCUAUUCAAUAAAAACCAAUGGUUCUCCAUUGUCUGUAGGAUCAAAUAUAAAAUCCUCUGUUUGGCUUAUAAAGUCCUGGGUAACCUGCCUCCUUCUUACCUUUGAUGGACUCUUACACUUUACAUCCCUCUCCUCCACAUCCAGUCCUCUGUGAUCCAGUGGCAUCUCUUGAUCUUCCUCCCACAUAGGGUUCCUUCUCCCAACAUUUCCCUGGCUGCUUCCCAUGCCUAGAACUUUCUUCAUCUUCAUCUCCACUUUCUUGGUUCCCGUAAAAGUCUCAUCUAAAGUUUCAUCUUCUGCAAGAAGCCACUUCUGACCCCCUCAAUGCUGAUGCCUUCCCUCUGUUUUAUUUGCCCUGAAUAGUGUGUCCAAAAAGACUAUCAGCAGUUUUAAGCUUUAGUAGUUUAGAACCAAGUUGAGGCUUUUGGGGCACCCUGUAUAUAAACCCACCCUUUUAAUUUGGUGGUUUUCAUGUUGACUUCCAAAUGAAAUUGUGAGCUCUUUGAGAACAGGGACUGCCUUUGGACUUUCUUUGUAUCCCCAGCACUUAAUCAAUUACUAGUUGACUGACUGGUCUUGGAGUCAGGGAGACUUGGGUUUGAAUCCUACUUCCAACACUGACUAGCUUGGGUGAUUGGGCGUAAAAGUUCCUCGCCUUUCUGCAUCUUGGUUCUCUCUAAAGUAGGAUGAUAGUACCCAUAAUUCCUCCCCUUCCAGAGUUGGCACGGGGCUUACAGGAGAGCAUAGAUCUAGAGUUAAAAGGGUCCUCUAACACCAUCUGAUCAGGGGUUCUCUAGGUGGGGUCCUCAGGCCCCUGAGCUCUUUGAAGUCAAAGCUAUUUUCAUACUACUACUAAGCUAUUAUUGGUCUGUUAAGAUGCUCCUCCCAUGUCUAGCUACACAUCUGGGAGAAGCCAGAUUUUCUGCACAUGCUUUAAUUGGAAUCACAUACCACGACUUCUUACAAACACAGUAAGAGUGAAUGCACAGGCAGAUAAGAGAAUCCAGCUGUCCUCUAUGAAGCCAGAUAUUAAAGAGAUUUGUAAAGAAAUGUGUAAAACAAUGCCACUCUGCUCACUAGGGUUUUUUGUUUUUGUUUUGGAAAAUAGAUUUUUUUUCAGAAAAAUAUGUUCUGUUAACAUGUAAUGGUUUUCAUUGUUGUUUUUGAAUGAAUGAAUAAACAUCUCAAACACU